AUGGAAAAAGUUAGAGAAAAGUUGAACAAUUUGAAAUUAGAGGCUGAAUCUUGGCAAGAAAAGUACGAAGAGUUGAAGGAACAGUACAAGCAAUUGGAACAAGAUAACACUGAUAAAGAAAAUGAAAUCAAGUCAUUGAGUACUAAGAACCAACAAUUGGAAGAAGACGUGGAGAAUUUGGAGACCAAAUUGACAGAUUCUAAACAAAUUGCUGAAGAUUCUCACAAUUUAAGAUCAAAUAACGAAAACUUUACAAAGAAAAACCAACAAUUGGAAGAAGAAUUAGAAGAAACUGAUUUGAAAUUGAAGGAAACUAUUGAAAAGUUAAGAGAAUCUGAUUUGAAGUCUGAAACUUUAGAAAGAAAAGUUAAUGCUUUGGAAGAUGAAAGAAACGACUGGGAGAAAAAAUAUGAAGAUUUAUCUGUUCAAUACGAAACCGCAAAGAAAGAAUUGGAUGAAAUUGCUGCUUCUUUAGAAAACUUGUAA